GUGCGUGAACACACACACACACACACACACACACACAUAUAGCCAGACUAUCCACACUAAAGCUUACUGGACCAAGCAAAACCUGUAGGAUUGCAAGCAAACAACUGUGAAUAUGAAAUUGUAUCUGGUUCUUGCCUUUGUGGCAUUCACAGGUUGCCAAGCCAACCUGUUUUAUGCUGAUGAGCCUAAGCCACAGCUGGAGCAGCUGACAGAUGCAUUCUGGAGCUAUGUUGCCCAGGCCACACGCACCGCAGAGGACACGCUGAAAAUAAUCAGAGAGUCUCAACUUGGUCAAGAAGUCAAUGCCAGACUGACCCAGAGUGCUGAUGUGGCCAGUGAAUAUGCCGUCACCCUCAAGAAACAGAUGGAUCCUCUGGCUGAAGAGCUGAUGACCAAAAUCAGCAAGGAGGCUGAAGUGUUGAGGGAGCGUCUGGGCCAGGACUUGAUGAGCGCAAGAGACAAACUGGAGCCCUAUGCUGACAACCUCAAGAGCCAGAUCCAGCAGAGAGUGGAGGAGCUCAGGACCGCCAUGGCUCCAUAUGCUGACUCCCUGGAUUCUGAGACCCUGAAGGCCACUCUGCUCCAGAACAGUGAAGACCUGAGAGGAAACCUGGAGCAGAGCGUGAAGGAGAUGCAGGCUCAGAUGGAGCCCUACACUGCUGAGAUCAAAGAGAAAGUGGACCAGCAUCUGCAGGAGUUUCAGAAGACCGUGACCCCCCUGACUGAGGACCUCCAGACCCAGAUCAGAGAGAAAGCCCAGAUGGUCCACCAGAGUCUCACACCCUAUGCUGAAGACCUGAAGGAAAAGCUGGACCCCUACGCACAGGACCUGAAGGCCCAGCUCACCUCCCUGUAUGAGUCCUUCAUCAAGAGAAAUUAGAUGCUUCAAAGACUUCUUUUGUAAAUAUCAGAACUACAGAACUAACCAUGAACUUCAAAGUUUGACACAUUUGACCUGUUUCACUUAUUUAUUAAUCCGACCAUGUCCUAGA